AUGGGAUCCGCGGCUCACCAACAUGCACCCGAUCUGCCAACCGAAGAUUCGGUGACGUUGCCACAAGCCGAGGUGGCGCCGGUCAAGACGGGUGAUCGCAAGGGCUCGAUCGACUUGAUGCGCGGGGUGGCGCUGUGCGGCAUCCUGUUGAUGAACAUCUACACCUUUGCGAUGCCGUUUCCGGCCUACGACAACCCGGCGGUUUACGGUGGUACCGGUGGUCUCGACUUCGGUACCUGGUUCUUCAACCACGUCUUCGCCGAACUCAAGUUCAUGACCAUCUUUUCGGCCCUGUUCGGUGCCGGACUGGUCCUGAUGGCCGAGCGCGCGCGGGCUCGCGGGCGGCGCUUCGCCGGGGUGUGGUUUCGCCGCCAGGGAUGGUUGACUUUCAUCGGCAUGUUGCACGGCUACUUGCUGUGGUUCGGUGACAUCUUGUUUCACUAUGGUUUGUGCGGCAUGCUGAUCUUUCCUUUUCGCCGGUUGUCGCCGAAACGGUUGAUCGCUUUUGGCUUGCUGACCCUGUCGAUCGCGCCGGUGAUCAACUUCGGCAUCGGUUUGGGCCUGUUCUAUCUGCGCGGUCAGGCCACCGCCGCCACGGAGCGCAGCGAACAGGGAAUCGAGCUCACCGCGACGGAAACCUCGAUGAUCGAAGUUUGGCAAGAGGUUGCCAAGGACAUCGAGCCCGAUCCGGCGGAAAUCGAGCGAUUGGUAGCGGUACACCAAGGUGGCUGGUGGGGCAUUGCUAAAGACCGGGCCGAGCUGGUGCUGGCAAUGCAGACUUUCUUGACCUUGACCUUGAUCUUGUGGCGAGCCACCGGGGUGAUGUUGAUCGGCAUGGGGCUGAUGAAGCUCGGGGUGUUCUCAGCCGAGCGUUCGCGCGGCUUCUAUUGGCGAGCAGCCUUGUGGGGCUACGGUCUGGGCUUGCCGCUGGUGACCUUCAGCGCCUUCGACCACUGGAGUCACGGCUUUGACAGCUUGCGCCUGAUGGUGGUCAGCAUGCACUUCAACUACUUCGGCAGCCUCGGUGUAGCGCUCGGCCACGUGGCGUUGGUGAUGCUGUUCUGGCACAGCGGCUCCGCCCGCUGGCUACGUAGCCGGCUAGAGGCGGUGGGUCGGAUGGCGUUCACCAACUAUUUGAUGCAAACCGUCGUUUGCAACGAUCUUGUUCUAUGGCUACAGCUUCGGCUUCGGCUCUUUGGCCAGGUCAGCCGCUUCCAGCAGAUGGGAUUCGUGCUGGCGGUAUGGGCGCUGCAACUUCUGUGGAGUCCUUGGUGGUUGGCCCGUUUCCGUUUCGGCCCCGCCGAAUGGCCUGGCGUUCGCUGA